AUGCGCGUACCGAACCGGUUGUUGCUCCUGGCCUUAGGGGUGUCUGACCUUAUUACCGCCGCACAAGUGGACUAUUCUCAAUAUGUCAAUCCUUUCAUGGGAUCGGAAGGCCCAACUCCCGGCCAAGGUUACGGAGGGGGUGACAUCUUCGUUGGUGGUGCUCGACCCUUUGGAGUAGCAAAAGUGGGACUCGAUACAACAGCCGCAAACUGGAGUAUCGCAGUCCUCAACGGUGGCUGGACACCUGAUGGAAACGUCACUGCAGUCACCAUGAUGCAUGAAAGCGGCACAGGAGGUGCCCCCAAGUAUGGUCUUAUACCGCAAAUGCCUCUUACCUCCGUUGAAUCGCCGGUGAAUCUACUAGAUAACCUUACUUAUAGCCAGCCCAGGAUUGAACUUUCAGCCAGUCGUCAUGCUGGUAUCAUUCAGUAUUCUUUCCCUGACGGAGAAAAACACGUUUUGGUCGAUAUAUCCCACUAUCUUCCCGGUUCACCCGGCGAUUCAAAUGGACAAUUCUACGUUGGUGGCGAGAUUAGUCUUGAAGAUGAUGGAAACGCAUAUAGCGGUUAUGGAACAUAUGUCGGUGGCUGGAACAAUGGCGCCCCUUUUACCGUCUACUUCUACGGCGAGUUCUCUACGGCGCCGAAGAAUGCUCGUACAUUUACUGGGGCUAACACAGACCCGAUGCCACGUUACCAGAACCUGGCAAACGGAGGCAUACCUCAACCGACAUAUGGCAACACCUCUGAUAAAGCGACAUCGGGACCUAUGAAUGACCGCAUCGGGGCACUUUUUAGUUGGGAUACUGAAACAGAUGCACAGAUUAGUUCUCGGGUUGGGAUAUCUUUCAUCUCAACAGAAAAGGCUCGCUCAUACAUUACAUCUGAAAUCCCUUCUUGGACGCUGAAUGAUACCGUGCAGGCUGCUGUUGACGAAUGGAAUCAGGAUGUCUUCAGCAAAACUCAGGUAUCCCUCGAUAGCACGGCGAAUAUGACAAAUGUGCGACUACUUUAUAGUUCGCUCUACUUCAUCCACUUGAUGCCGUCCGAUCGCACGGGUGAAAAUCCGCUGUGGCAGUCAGACGAGCCUUUCUGGGAUGAUUUCUACACGCUUUGGGAUAUAUUCCGCUGCACAGUCAGCUUCUAUCACGUCUAUCAGCCCACCUACUAUGAGUCCAUGAUCCGGGGGCUUAUUGACAUCUGGAGGCACCAAGGUUUCUUGCCAGACGGCCGCUCAGGAAACUGGAACGGAUUGGUUCAAGGUGGCUCUGAUGCGGACAACAUGCUAGCAGAUGCCUAUGUUAAGGGUCUGCGAGGGGCAAUUAAUUGGACGGAUGGCUACGCCGCCAUGAAGACUAAUGCAGAGGUUAUUCCAUACAACACUUGGGACGCUACUGAUCUUUCUGCAAGUACAAAGGAGGGGCGUGGUGCCUUGGGUGACUGGUUAGAACUUGGAUAUGUCUCGCAAGACCGAAACACGCGCUGCAUUUCUAGGACGGUGGAGUAUAGUCUCAACGACUUUGCUGUCAGCCAAGUGGCUGCAGGGGAAGAGCCUAGAGAACAGGAAAAGUAUUUGAAUCGGUCUGCUGGGUGGCAACAUAUCUGGAACCCAGAUGUGCAGAGUCUGAAUUUCACUGGUUUCUUGGCGCCGAAAUUCUCCAACGGGUCGUUUAACAACAGCGGCUAUGAUCCUCGUUACUGCUAUGGGUGCGAAUGGCUCGCGUAUACGUAUGAAGGCGUUCCCUGGGAAUACUCUUUUGUGCUACCGCAUGACAUGGAAACUCUGAUCGACUAUAUGGGUGGUGCAGAUACAUUCGAAUCCAGACUGGAUAUCAUGUUUGAGCCGAACAUGUCAGUGAUUGAAAGAAACGAACCCGAUUUUGCGACUCCAUACCUAUACAACUACAUCAACAAGCAAGCCAAGAGCGUGGAAAAGUCUCGGAACCUGGGGUAUCAGUACUUCAGAGACGAAGCCUACGGAGUACCAGGAAACAGCGACGCCGGGGCCAUGAACUCGUGGCUCUUGUGGCAGAUGCUGGGGAUCUAUCCUGUCGUCACGCAACCAGUGUAUCUUCUCUCCUCGCCCUGGUUCCCAGACCUCAACAUGACAGUCAAUGGCAACCAGACACUCCGUAUCAUCGCGAAUGGACUAGACAAGGGCUACUAUGUGCAAAGCGUGAAAAUCAACGGACAAGCCUGGACAAAGAACUGGUUCGAGCACGAGGAUGUAAUGACCCAGGGUGGAACCAUUGAAUUUGAGCUAGGCGCGGACAUGACGGCCUGGGAUACUAGCAGUGUGCCUCCCUCACCGGGACAUCGGAGCAUAUGA